AUGCCGACUAAAAUAGAAGGCCGAUCAUCAUCGCAUGACUUAAUUGACGAUAUAGUCGAAGCACCAUCAUUUAUGUCGAAUUCCGUUUCAUCGGCUAUGAUGGAUACUUCAAAAAUAUUACCAGCUAGACACUAUUCGAGUUAUUCAAAUAUUCCCAGCUUAUUUAAUAAUAAAUCAAAACUAGAACAAACCGAUGGUUCAUCAACGCUUUUAACUAAUGAACUUCGUGAUCGUCUACAUUUAACAUUGCCACGUUCAAGUUCAUCAUCAACAAUGAUGAGUAAUGAUGAACGACGAAAAGAACUUGAUCUUGUUUUAAAACACUUGUAUGAUGGAAAAUUGUUAACAUCCAUGCAUGAUGAUCGACAAUCAUCGGAUAUCUCGGAAGCAUCAAUACCUAUGUUAACGAAAGGGCCAAUUACAAAAACAACAACAACAACAACAAUAAUUAAAAGCGACGAUGAAAGUAAACACAAUGUUGGAAGUAUAGAAAUGCUCUCACUCGAUGAUGAUUGUACAUCUCUUCAACGGGAAUUACAAGAAAAAGAACUUGAUAUAAUACAUUUAAGUAAAGAAAUUCAAGAAUUACAAUUAGAAAACAAAUUACUCAAAGCUAAAGUACCAGUUCUAUAUCAAAAUGGCCAUACCAUUAAUAAUAGUGAAACUGAAACAUUGCGUCGCGAAAAAGAUGUUUUACAAAAUGAAUUGCGUGCUCAACAAGAGUUAGUUGCUAAAAUUCAACAACAACAACAUCAAAAUGGUGUUGUUGCUCGUUCAAAUAAAUUCGAUGAAGCAUCUAUAUAUCAACGGGAAGCAUUAGAAAAGAAACUAAAGGCGUAUGAAAAACAAAUGCAUAUAUUGGCAAAUGAGAAUGAUAAAUUAAAACAAAAUGUGCAACAAACCGAUCGUACAAUAACGCAAUUAAAACGAGAAAAUGAAGAAUUACAACUAAAAGUUACGGAAGCUAAAAAACGUAAUGAUGAAUUACUUUAUCAAGAAUUCAAUUCACUUCGCAAUGAUUUAAAAAUGCUCAAACUACAAAAUGAUGAAUUAUUUCAAGAAAAUCAUCGGUUACAACAAGAUCAACAGCGACAACAACAAAAUCUUGCUUGGCGUGCAACUCUUCAGCAAGCAUUUUCUACUGAACCACUUCCAGCGCCCUCGCAGCAGCCACAACAACAACAAUUGCAGCAGCAACAGCAACAACAAAUAUUGCCGAUUGAAAAUGUACCAACUUCAUCACCAUUAAAAUUAUCUACUACAGAUCAAAGGCGUGAACGUUCAAAAAUAACUAUGCGAAGUGAAAGUCCAAAUUUGUCCGAAGGAAGUGACUCAACAAAUUAUUUAACAACUGUUAGCGUUGAACGUUAUAAUAAUCGACCGAUAACAUCCGUACAUCGAUCAGCAACCAUCGAUGGUAAUAAUCAUCACCGUACAACAAGAUACGGCCCUGUGGUUGGACAAGAAGAAUAUCAUCGAAAUAGUUUUUCAAGUGCAACAUCGAAAUCAAUGGAUCCACAACUAAAUUAUCGUUCGUCGAAAACAAAGCGUUCUGUUGAAUGGGAUGAAGAAAAUAUUCAACAGAAUGAAGACCCCUUAAAAUACGCAUUAGUACCAUAUGGCGGACUACAACAUCGAAAUAUGGUCAGUUAUGACAAUCAAAAUCGUUUACAACGACAACAUCCAAUGGAUGGGCCCAAUGAUUAUAUGUCUCAACCACCACAACCAGUACAAUCAUCCUCCUCCUCAUCACAUUUAUAUCAACAAAAUUAUGGUCCAAAUCGAAGUGUUACAUUGACCGAUUCUCAACAGAAUACACGUCGUUCUAAUAGUUAUAAUAUGCCUCAGCGACAAAUUCAUAACGAAAGUGAUUUACAAAAUGAUGAUCGCCAUCAGGGUCGUCAUCGUCGACCAAGUGUUGAAACAACUAGUCCACGACGUCCCUAUGCUCCAUCAUCGAUUAGUGAUAUUCGUUUAAAUGAUAUGGUUAAAUUUUCUCGGCCGGGUGGUAAAAUAAGUAAAGGUAUCGUCAAAUAUAUUGGUACAUUACCAGGCAAAAGCGAUCAAUAUCUUGGCUUAGAAUUAGAAGAUGAAGAGAGUAAACAUGAUGGUAUCUAUCAAGGGCAACGUUUGUUUCAAUGUAAAGCGAAUAAAGGAGUAUUCGUUGGUUUUAGCAAAGUGAUUAUGGCAUGGAGUGGAAAAUAA